AACCGUAAACCAAAAUCUUCGUUUAGUGCAACUUACAUUCCCGCAAAUAUUAAAACACAGUUUUUCAAAGAUGAGCGUUUCAUUUACUUGCUUUAUCUUCGCUAUUUUGGUCGUUACAGCAACGCCUUUAAGUGCUUCGGAGCGAGAACAAUUAAGCUCAUUGGAUGCCACGACCGUUGAACACUUCACACUGGGUAGCACCGUUGAGGGCGCUUCACCGAUUUACCAAUUUCAAGAGACCGUUACACCUAACAUUGACCAAAGUGAAAUAAUCGUUAAUAUUCAAUAUCCGAAAUCAACUGAUAAUGCUGCCGAUAACAGUUUAACGGACGCUGCCGACCAAAUUAUUACGAAAAUCAGUUUGUAUCUGGAGGGCGAUGAGGGCUUCACAUCUCAAGCGUACACUACGGCGGGCGGCAUAAGUGAGCGAAGUAUUACGCUACAGGUGGUCGUCACAAACACAGAGACACUACGCUAUAUUGUGAUUAUUGAUGGCUUGAAAGCCUAACUGAGAAAGUUACAAGCUAAAAAAUCAGUAAAAGUGAAAUUUUAAUAAAAAAUAAAUAAGAUGAUCGAUGAUAAAUUAUA